UAUCACUUUACCAAGGUAACAUAAUACUAUUUAAGUUUUCCACAAGUUAAUAAAAAUCUUCUGCUAUGUCAUGAAUCUCAUCCGCAUUGACGGGAAUAAUAAAACAAUAAUUGCAGCUGACAAUGUUCAUAGCACUAAAUUAGAUGACGUUUCCAUUGAAGAAGUUAUUCGCGCCUACUGGAAUCUAAGAGAAUUAGUUAGGAAGGACGAAGGCAGACUUAUCGAACUUCAAAGUAUGAUUCUCUUGGUUCACAACGCUGCAUGGAAUGCUAAAUAAAUUUUAUUUUUUCGUUUAGAUAUAUUAUUUUUAUUUUCUUAUUUUAUUUUCAUUAUUUUAUUUUAUGCGAUCUCCUCUGCUGUAACUAUUUUCGAAAAAAAAA